AUGGACGAAAGAGAUGCCGCAGCGGCGCCCCCCAGCGUCCAACCUGCCGCCGACCCCACGCAGACCAAUGUCGAAGCCCAGAGUGCGUCCCGUGAGCAGGUCACUGGCGCCAUGUCUGGGCUGGCACCGGGACUUGGGUCUGGACCAUCCGUUGAGGAACCACCUCCAUCAGCACAACCACCAACAGCAGCAAGAGCACAAGCACAAGCAUCAAAUCCUGCGACGCGGUCAGUUACUACGGCGCCGGUUCCUGGACGAGCUCCCGCUACCGCUACAGCUCCCCGUCCAGCUCCCGCUCCCGUUGCGGCUCCCGGUCACGGUCACGAGCAACCCGCCCGCCGUGUGCCUCGAUUUGUUGCUCCCUCGUCCUAUCUCCGUUUCAAGACCUCGCACGGCAGCGCCAUGGCAGCAGCUGCAUCUGAGCCGACCUCGAACCCGAGCACACUGAGCCCGCCGAGCCCGCCGAGCCCGCUUGAUAAGGAACAACGUCAAGGACUGAAAGCGAUUCGAGAUUUUCUCAAGGUUCGCACCAGCUACGAUGUCCUGCCGCUAUCCUUCCGUCUCAUUGUCCUGGACACCGACCUCCUCAUCAAGAAGACGCUUAACAUCUUAAUACAAAAUAGUGAGUCUGCCUUUGCGCCGUUUGCUACCCAUGGCCGCCUAAGACAGCCUAAACAAUUGCUCGCACUUUGGCUAAUCCGCUUCGCAUCAGCAAUCGUUUCUGCGCCGCUAUGGGACUCACAGAGAGGACGUUUUGCCGGCAUACUGACGGCCACUGACUAUAUCAACGUCAUUCAAUAUUACUGCCAAUUUCCGGACGAGAUGAGCAAGCUUGACCAGUUCCGGUUGAGUAGUCUGCGAGAUAUCGAAAAGGCAAUAGGUGCCACUCCGAUCGAAACGGUAUCUGUGCAUCCCUCUCGACCACUUUACGAGGCUUGCCGACGCAUGCUUAAGACUCGUGCGCGACGUAUUCCCCUCGUGGAUGUAGACGAUGAGACAGGCAGGGAAACGGUCAUAUCCGUCAUUACCCAAUAUCGUAUCCUCAAGUUCAUCGCUGUCAACAACGAACACAAUACUGUAAUGCUCAAAAAGACGGUUCGAGAGAUUGGCUUGGGUACCUAUUCCAACCUGGCCACCAUGCACAUGGAUAAUACAGUUCUGGAUGCUAUCCACCUGAUGGUCGAUAGAAACAUCAGUUGUAUCCCGAUUGUAGACUCGGAAAACCGGGUCCUGAAUGCCUUUGAGGCGGUCGACGUCAUUCCCUGUAUUAGAGGGGGCGCAUACGAGGAACUCGAUGGAUCGAUCGGGGAGGCACUGUGCAAACGCCCUGAGGACAGUCCAGGUAUCUACACAUGCGGGGAAGGGGAUCGACUGGAUUCAUUGUUUGACACGAUCCGAAAGAGCCGAGUGCACAGACUGAUCGUUAUUGACGACGACAACAAACUGAAGGGUAUUAUUUCACUAUCCGAUAUUCUCAAAUACGUGCUCAUCCAUGGGGAAGAGGAUUCGCCUCAAAGGUAG